AUGUCUGAUUCUACACAAUCUUCACAUAUUUAUUUGAAUUCGAAAGUGAUUACGCUUGAAAAUACACCAUCUAAUGAGUCUUUUGAAUUUCAUCAAAAAUUACCGUUCUAUACAGCUACUCCUCUUAAAGCUGCGCCUAUAACAGCGGCUCGUUUAGGUGUUCGUCAUGUUUGGGUGAAAGAUGAAUCGAAUCGACUCGGUUUACCAGCUUAUAAAAUCCUCGGAGCAUCUUGGGCUACAUAUCGUGAAUUGGAGACUCGUUUUGGUCCUUUUCAAUCAUGGUCUAAUCUUGAUGAAUUGAAAGAACAAUUAAAGAAUAUUGAUGUAACUUUAGUCAGUGCUACGGAUGGUAAUCAUGGUCGGGCUGUCGCACGUAUGGCCAAAUGGCUUGGUCUCAAAGUACAUAUUUUAGUACCUUAUGAUAUGGUUCAUUCUCGACAACAAGCAAUCAAAGAAGAAGGAGCUCAAAUCGAAGUUGUUAAUGGAACAUAUGAUGAGGCUGUGGCCAAAUCUGCUACAAUGGCAGGAGAAAAGUAUUUAGUCAUUAGUGAUACAGCAUGGGAGGGUUACGAAAGAGUACCCAAUUGGGUUGUCGAAGGAUAUGGAACGAUAUUUCGAGAAGUUGAUGAACAAUUGAAACCACAACCUGAUUUAGUAGCAGUACAAAUGGGUGUUGGUUCUCUUGCUUCAUCUGUCGUUCGUCAUUAUCGUUCGCUGAAUCAUACUACACACGUUCUUGGUGUCGAACCAAUGCACGCUGCAUGUGUUCUUCAUUCUUUGGAAGCUGAUGAACUAGUAGAGGUACCAGGUCCACAUACAUCGAUAAUGGCUGGUUUGAAUUGUGGAAAGACAUCUCCACUUGCAUGGCCUCUCUUACGAUAUGGACUGUCGGGGUCAGUAGCCGUCAAUGACAGUUUUGCAGAAGAAGCCAUGCGUUUAUUAGCUCAAGAUGGAAUAGUAUCAGGAGAAAGUGGAGCGGCUGGUUUAGCUGGUUUACUCGCUUUAUCGACCGAUAGUACACGUCAAGCACUGGGAAUCAAUCCUAAUAGCAGUUUGUUAAUUAUUUCAACUGAAGGUGCAACAGACCCUCAAGCAUACGAGAGAAUCGUCGGCCGUUCACAUCAUACAAUAAAGAAUUAA